ACAGCUUAGCACGAUGACACUUAGCCGGAGCUAGGGCACGCCGCGGCGGCGACGACGGUAGGGUCGGAGGGGCGGCGCGACAGGAGGGAGUAUCGUCGAUUGCUGCCAAGGAGGGGAGUCGCCAGCGGAGGGGUACAGGCGAUGGGGUUUGACAGGAAGGAGGCGGCGGCGGCGGCGGAGGAGGAGGAGGUGAAGUGGCUGAAGCAUUACUCCUCGACGGAAAGCAUACUGAUCGUCGGCGACGGAGAUCUCUCCUUCUCGUGGGCCCUCGCCAUCGCAUUCUGCUCCGCGGAGAACCUCGUCGCCACCUCCAUCGACUCCUAUGAGGAUCUGACGAGGAAGUAUAGCAAAGCAGAGUCCAAUAUAUUUGUACUAAAAAUGAUGGGAGCCACAAUUUUGCAUGGUAUUGAUGCCAAUACUAUGAAGCUUCACAAUGACCUGAAGAUGAGACGCUUCGAUCGGAUUGUCUUUAAUUUUCCUCAUGCUGGGUUCAAAGGAAAAGAAGACCGCAUGGAUGUGAUCAACGCGCACAAAAAGUUGGUGAGGGGGUUCCUUCACAAUGCAAGCCACCUGAUUCGCCCAAAUGGUGAAAUCCAUGUUAGCCACAAGACAGGGAAUCCAUAUGAUAAAUGGGAUAUUGAGGAAUUGGCAUUGGGAUCUUCUCUUAUUAAGGUUGAUCAAGUUAGUUUCCGAAUAGAGGAUUACCCUGGGUACAACCAAAAGAGGGGAGAUGGUGCGAAUUGCGAUGAACCUUUCGCUUUAGGUGCUUGCUGCACAUUCAAAUUUUGUAUCAGAGGCUCGAAGAAACUGAAGAGUGCGCACAGAAACAUGAUUUCGUCACAUGGAAGCAGCACAUUGUCUGAACCAAUCAGCACAGUUCAGAUAGCAAAAAAAGCUCAUGAGCCUUACAGCCUCGGAUUAGCUAAAAGGCAUGAACCGUGUUUUCCGGUUAGCAUCGAUGGCAUGGUGGCUUCUCCUUCCUUUGAUCGGCAUGGGACUAGUCAGCCAUUGUGCAGCAUUGCAGGGUCAUCACUGAAUGCUCUGCCGAUCCUUGGUGGCAAUCUCCCUGCGCCACCUCAGCAGCAGCCUUGGUACCAACACGGGCCCAUUCUUCAGCUGCUAUGGAGCGGCGGCUACUCACACUUCGCCUGGGAAUACCUUCGGAGUCUGCUCAGGGAGUAUGAAGCGCAUAGGCAAAUGACGCCCGGAGGAAGAGCAACCGAUGUGAAUUACUCUGUCUUGCUGGAACAUUGCUUCAGGGAAUCCAUUGCGUGCGCGUUACUCCAGGAGUGGCUGCAGAGAGCGGUUGUGUUGCACGGUAGACGUUGAUGGAUCGCGUGGAGGUAUAAGUGUCUGUGUUGUAAGGAUCACUAGAUAUUCCAAGAUGUGUUGUGUCAUCCGGUAUCUUGCAUAUGUUCUCUUUGUGUCCAAGAUCUACACGCAGGGCAUUUUGUGUACUGGGAAUGCUGUUUUUUCUACCUGUGUAGGUUAAAGAAGUAAACCUGGACAAGAGUCUCACUUUGCAGUGUAACUCUCUUUUAAGAGACUCAAGACUUGUUAUCUCAAUUAUCACUGGUACUGCGCCUAAGAUGUAACCGGAUCAGGCAGUGAUU